UAUAAUCCACAACUUGUCUUCAUUUGAUCGUCAUCCAUCUUGAGAACUGUCGAAUUUGCGUCACUAGCAGCCCUCGAUAGAUCGGUUGUGUUGACCAAAAUGGAUGACAGCAAGAUGGUGGGAGGCAAAGUCAAGAAACCCGGUAAACGAGGCCGUAAACCCGCUAAGAUUGAUCUGAAAGCGAAGUUGGAGAGGAGCAGGCAGAGCGCCCGGGAGUGCCGAGCCAGGAAGAAGCUCCGGUAUCAGUACCUGGAGGAACUCGUGUCCAGCAAGGAGAGGGCCAUCUGCGCCCUGAGGGAGGAGCUGGAGAUGUACAAGCAGUGGUGUACAGCCAUGGACCAGGGGAAGAUCCCGUCUGAGAUAAAGGCCCUACUGACGGGAGAUGAACAGAAGCCUCCUCAGAGCUCCUCCACCAAGAGCUCCAAGAACAGCAACCAGAGCUAAUGUGUUGGGAGUGCCAGACCAGAACUAGUCUGACUGUCAGUUUGUUAGAGGUGGCAGCCCUGGGUUGUAUUCAUUAGGGAAAUGAUAUCAAACGUUGUGCAACAGAAAACAGGGUGUUCAUAUAAUACCUACCCCCUUUUUCCAUCCUGUUUGUUGCCCUGGUGAAUACGACCCAGAGCGAGUCUGUCUGAUGAAAGGUUCCAGGCCAGAGCUAGGCAGUAGGUACUCGGUCUGUCAUGCCUAGACCGCUCCACUGUAUAAGGCCUCUGUGACAGAGAGUGAAGAGGUGUCUCACCGGUCUGUCUGUUUCAGCCCCCUCUAGAGGAGACGCGCAGCAACAGAACUGUCAGAGACACAUAUCAUUACUAACGCUGGAGGACCUUCAGAAGUAAUAGCUUGUAUUAUUUACAGUUGUAAUCCACAUCACUGGCCUGAUUUAUCAUGCGUGGUUCACUAUUGCAACUCUUGGAUUCGUUAAUGUUAGUAAUGUGAAAUAUUGCUAUUAGUUGC